UGUUACAGCGACACAGCUUGUAAAGCAGCUAGAGACUACAUCAUUUUCCAUAACUUCAUUCGUCGCCAAUUAACCACACAUAUCAAACCGCCACUAUCAUGGACCCCAACGAUCCUCGAGACUACUACGCCGAUCUCGGUCUCCAACUCGGUGCCUCGCACACAUCUAUCAAGGCCGCCUUCCACACCCUAGCAAAGCAGCACCACCCCGAUAAAUCCGGCAUCAACGACACAUCGGAGUUUAGACGUGCCCGGGAGGCAUACGAAAAACUCACUGAUGCGUCGUACCGAGCCAAGUACGACAAGAGCUACUGGAAUACAAAGUUACACACCGAUGGCCACACUGAUGUCGACGGCGAUGGCGACGAAGGGCUAGGCUACACUCGAACGGCACAAUAUGAGCAAGAGCAGGAAAGCAGCAGGCCGCCCUCGCCUCCGCCGAUGAAGCCGUUUCGUAAACCAGGAGAGCCAGGCUGGCUGUACUUUACAAGCAAGACGUACCAGGAGUGGCAGAAGAAGGAUGCCGAGCACCACGCGCGUCAUCCGGAGCGAGACGAAGAGAAGCACGAAACUACGAACCCCGGCCACACUGCCCACGGCUUGACGGUCCAGAUGACGUCCCAUCCCGCCGCCAAGCAGCGAUGCACGAAUCGAGCGCAGCAUUGGCGAGGACAAGUAGCUGGGAUCGAUUACUGCGUCUUCUGUAUGGCACAGACGAGGGGAGGGAGCCGGUGUCCAGGAUGCGAGGCAUUGGCAUGUCAGAAGUGUCUCCAAGAGGUCGUCGCGCUGGAGCGGAAGGCGUCUGGAGGACUUGGUGCAAAGGCUCAGUAUCGUUCCUCGGGUGGUUAGACGGAGUGGUGAAGGUGGGGGCGUGGCAGUUGUGGAAAUCGAGGUUCUUCCGAUCUCUUGGCUACGGGGCUGAGAUAUUUCUGUCGCAGGCGAUCUGUUAUUUUUCCCCGAUGGAGAUGGCGUUAGUGGAGGCACACUUGGAGUGCCGUUCAUCGCGGUGUCAAGACCAUAUUCAUGUCUUGAGUGCGAAACCCUGCACAUCUACGCCGUUGAUCAUGUCCUGAAACAAAGGAAGAAUGCUUCGAUAUCAUUCAACAUUCCUACCGACAUUACCUAGCGUAUUUUAGAAUUUGCUUUAGUGUAUGGAAUAGUUGAUGCGGAAG